GGAUGAUCUGAGAUUGAGAGAGCGUGACUGCACUGGGAGGAUCACUAAGCCCAAAGGAAGAGAGAGGAGAAGAAGUGAGGUGAACAAGAAGUAAGGAGAAUCUAGGAAAAUAAGAUGGCUACGGUGAUCGGUGGUAUUUCCCGGCUCUUUCAGCCAACAAUUGCAGUACUCUCAGCGGAGAAGAUAUGCCGGGGGACCAACCCAUGGUACUUCCUUAUUGGCCUUCGCAUGGUGACUCUAUUUUUCGCUUAUGGGCCUUGGGACUCCCUCAAGGCCGACUUGGUUUGCCGUUGGCCCUCCAACAUUGGGGAUGCAAAUAAAUUUUGUUCGGCCAUCUGCUAUAACCAGCGUUUCCCUGUCCCCAUCUCUGGCUUCUGGGUUUUCCACUUCAUUGCCAUCAUCUUCACUGUAGCUCUCCUGAAGUUUGUUUACAUUACAAAGAAAAGCCCCACAGACAAGGAUGCAGAAGCAGCCCGAAAACCCAUUUCAGGGACCGAACAUUCUCCCAAAGUGGGGGAAGAGCUUCACUUUGGAGGCUGGAGAUAUGGGAUCUACAUCUUCUGCAUCGCCCUCCUUCUGGCAAUAGAUGUCGCCUUCAUCUGGACACUUCUGGGCUUUCAGUUACCCAACCUGAUCCAAGAGGUCACAAAUUGCUAUCCUAAUAACCCAGCUUGCCCCGCCACAGCCCAGUGUGCUGUUAAUAGCAUCAGCGAUAAGCGGGCCAUCCUCUGGGUUUUGGCCUUCUGCUCUGCGGCCAACAUUGUCUUCUGUAUUGGUGUGCUGUCCGCACAGUGCUGUCAUUCCUGUGGUUUAUGUAGAGGCCCAGAGAAGGCCAGGCCAGCGGAAUAUGGCAGUCAUGAUCAUAGUGCUGGUUGCCCGGGUGACCGUGGUAGAUGGACAGAGGUGCUUAGCAACCGUGAGCUAAUCCAGGCAGGGGCAGCAAGGUGUGGAUGCCAGCCAGAGGGAGUCAGCUGCUGCUGUCGCCAAGGCAACGAGGGAAGCAGGGGCAUGGCCUGCGGUUGCCAGAACAACCGGCUUUGCCCCUGCUUCUUCCAGGGAAGUGACACAGGUCUGUCCUCCCUGACAGGCAGGGAAGAUUCGGAGGGGAAGCUCUUAAGAGGAGACACAGAAAUAGAGGGAGAAAGGAAAAAGUGGGGAGCAGCAGAGAAUUGGAUGCCAACAAAUGAGCCUGUCAAGAUGGAGGCCCAGAGGAGCCAAGGCAGCUCAAGGGGGGGCGCCGCAGUAAAAAACAUGGCCAAAUAUCAGCCUCAGAGAAACUGGAGGUUGUAGCAUGUAGGGUCUGGCAAGGUAGAAAAGUAAAUUUUUAGAUCUGCUGCCUUGAAAGUACAGUCAGAGUUUGCACAUUUUCCUGACGGAUUAAAGAGACCAUCAUUCAGGCCACGGUUUUGCUGGCUGGGGAAUUAUGAGAGUUGAAGUCCAAACAUGUUAGCUGCCGAGUUUGAAAAACACUAAUCUAGUGUUUGUAAGUUCAGGUUUUUGCAGGAUGUGUUUGUGUGCAUAUAUAUUUAUACACACACACACACAUGUAUAUAACAUACAGUAUAUAAUUUUAUUAAAUAUUUUUAAAGGAAGAUAAAAACUAAUACAAAAUAAGAAAAAGAAGACAAAAAGAUCAAAGAAAAAGCCAAAAGUGCAAGAAAGAGGAAAAGAAGUAAAAGAAAAAUAGAAAAAAAAGGUAUAACGAAGUAGUUUCUGCUCUUCUUUACAGCAAUUACAAUUUCAGAUUCACUUCUUAUUCUAUGGCUACAACAUAUCUCUCUUCUUUUUAUAUAAUCUAUCCUGUCUAGUCAUCAAUCGUAAGUUCAUAAAACAAAAACAAGUUCAACCAGAAAUGAUGAGUACAUUUUGUCAUCUGAAAAAUCCAUAAGAGGUUUCCAGUCAUCAAUAAACAUCAAUAUUGUCCUUCUUCUGAUCAAAGAAGUCAGUUUAGACAUCUUAGCAAGUUCUGUCAUCUUCACCAACCUUUCCUCCAUUGCGAGUAAUGCUGAAUCUGGGUGUAAAUAUUUUCAUACAUGUGUA